CAUGGCGCGAGUUAUAUAUUAUUAUACUAUCAGCGCGUUUGACAAUGACAAGAUAGUGCGAUGAUAAGACGAGCGCAGGGCGUUUUAGUGUGCACUUUAUCACCUUGAACAUUAUAAUUUAACAGUUACUCCAAAGAUGUAAGAAGAUAGGGAUGCCGUUGGUUGGGUUCAUGUUGUCGGAGGUUGUUGUCGAGGGCUGUGUAAUCAUCAGAAGAUCGUCGCCGGCUGCUGACGGGAUCGACGGUGACUUCUGCUAUCCGUAGCCCAAACUUCAAAGGGCACGUCGCUUGUAUAUAUACACACAUCGUCAUCCUCCACCCUCUUUUGUAUAACACCAGUCUAGUGCGCGCCCGUUAAUUGUUUUAAUUUCAGAUGUACUCUUCAAGAAAAGUAACAGAGAUGACAGUCAACUAGUACCAAAAAAAUAGGCUAGUAAAAUGAUUAAAUCUACUUGCUGCUCAGCAAAGAUAUUGCCUUAUUCUUGCCUGUUAAGCUGUUGAUUGGAAGCAAUCGAUGCAAAAUGAGUGGAGCAGAUUGUGGGGCAGAGAUCAUUGGAAACAGUUGGCAAGAAUGCGCCAGCUGGCUGACAAGAUGUAAAGCCUUGAGGUCAGAUCACAGAGCCAAUUGGCCCACGGCAAAGGCUGUUGAUCUGGCUUACAUUUUAAGGGACGGGGUUCUACUCUGCAAUCUUCUGAACAACAUAGAGUCCAACUGUAUAGAUAGCAAAGAUGUGAAUCAAAAACCUCAGAUGGCGCAAUUUUUGUGCUUAAGAAACAUCAACGCGUUUUUGUCGGCGUGCUCAAAUAUAUUUGGUCUAUCGGAAUCGGAUCUUUUUGAGCCAACUAUGCUCUUUGACCUGUCCAAUUUUUAUAAAGUCUUGUGCACGCUGUCCGUACUGUCAAACACUCCUCGAUUUAAGAGCAAAGGAAUAGAAGGCUUCACCGUUAAAAGAGGCCGAUCUCAAGAAGACAUUUACAAAGAUUUACAGAGCGGAGUAGGGCGAGAAAACGAGGGCUGGCGCAGGCGGUUCUGGAGACGAGACGGCGGCUCAGCUGCCUCGGACGAGGGGGCCGUGGGUGCCGACCACAACUGCAGGAACGACCUCGAGGCCGAGGAGGGCGGCUUUGGGGCUCUGUCCAGUCACGCGCGCAGCGAGAAAGUCUACCACGAUCUUUGUAGCCUGAACCUACCGCCUCCCUUGCCGGCCUCACAGGUCUCGGUCGCAUCAGCCGCGAGCGUGGGCAUAGGUGGCGAGAAGCGCGACUACGUGGUCCAGGAGCUGAUAGAAACGGAGCGCAACUACGCGGAGGUGCUGAACAGCCUGCUGCGCUACUUUGCCCGGCCGCUCUCCAGCCUCAUCACCCCCGAGGACUCGAACCGCAUCUUCUUCGGCAUAAAAGACCUGGCCGAGAUCCACGCGGGCUUCCACAGCCAACUGCGCAAGGCACGGGACGGGGCCGGACUCGCCCAGGUGUUCCUCGACUGGCGCGAAAAGUUUCUCAUCUACGGGGACUACUGCGCCAACCUGACCACCGCCCAGAACGCCGUGCACGAGGUUUGCGAGAACGAGACUGUCCGCUGGACCAUCGAAAAGUGCCAAAAAGAGGCCAACAAUGGAAAAUUCAAGCUCCGAGACAUACUGUCCGUUCCCAUGCAGAGGGUGCUCAAGUAUCACUUGUUGCUCGACAAACUGGUCGAGGAGACGCCACGAGAGUGGGUCGAGGACAUACGGCUGCUGACGCAAGCUCGGGAAGUCAUGGUCGACGUGGCCCAGUACAUAAACGAGGUCAAGCGCGACUCGGAUACCAUCGACAUCAUCCGGGACAUUCAGGAAUCCAUCGUGGACUGGGAGAGGUCGGAGGACUUUCAGCUCAAGAAUUACGGGAGGCUGUUGAAGGACGGGGAGCUCAAGAUCAAAGCUCACGGCGAUCAGCGGAUAAAAGCUCGCUACGCUUUUGUUUUCGAGCAAGUGGUGCUGGUGUGCAAGGCUGGCCGAGGCGACGUCUUUUGCUACAGGGAGACCAUUAGACUGGACGAGUAUAGAGUCGAGGACCCGUCGAACCGCAAGAUACUCGGCCGCGACUCUCGAUGGUCGUUCCAGUGGCUGCUCGUGCAGAACAAGAACAAACAGGCUUACACUCUGUACGCGCGCUCCGAGGACCAGAAGCAAAUGUGGAUCAAAGCCUUGCAGGACGCGAUGGACAACAUUUACCCGGCGGCUUGUCGCAACACGAACCACAAGUUCAAGCUCACCACGUUCGACAGUCCUCGCAGUUGCGAAAGAUGCGGCAAAUUCCUCAAAGGAAGGAUCUUUCAGGGUUACAAGUGCGAUGUCUGCCGAUUGUCGGUUCACAAGCAGUGCAUCGUGUAUUCCGGGCGUUGCGUGCCGAUGCCGCCUGUCCCGCCAUCACCGCCCUCGCCGUCCCCGCAGCCGUUCGAACGCGAGUUGUCGGCCAAGCUGUGGUACGUUGGAGAGAUGGGCAGGGACGCGGCCGCGACUAAACUGGAGCAGCGCGAGAAUGGAACGUACAUGGUUCGAAUACGCCCGCCCACGGGACACCCGCGUCUCAAAGACGAAACGAACUAUGCGUUGAGUAUCAAGGCUGACGACGUCGUUAGACACAUAAGAAUAUUCAAGCGCGAAGUUGACGGUGCCGACUUGUACUAUCUGAGCGAAUCGCGUUUCUUUAAGAGCGUGGUCGAACUGGUUGAGUAUUACGAGCGAGUCUCACUCGCGGAAAACUUUGAAAACCUCGACCAGCGCUUACUCUGGCCGUUCAGGCGAGUCUUGGCCAAGGCUCUUUUCGAUUACCGCGGUGGAGAGCGUAAUCAGCUGAGUCUGCGUAAAGGCUGUCGCGUUGUUGUUUUGAGCAAAGAAGGUGAAGCCAAAGGAUGGUGGAAGGGAAAGAUUGGCGAUCAGGUCGGCUUUUUUCCCAAAGAGUACGUGGAAGAGGAGUGACGUAGCUACCUCGCAACGACGAGCCGACGAAUAUAAUACUUGCAUUAUGUAUUACUACUACGUUUUGGUAUUUCGAUGCAGAGAUAAUGUUAGCGCGAUAACAGUUGUGACGUGCUACCGCUUUCUUCCAAUCUUUUCGAUUAUCGCGAUAAAGCAAAUUAUUCAAGCGACAUUAGCGAAAUGAAUUAACGUGAGAGAAAUUAAAAAUUUUAACUCACCGUUUCUUUUAUAUAUACAUAUUAUAUAUUAGAUGGAGUAUUCGAAUGUGGAUUCAAUACUCUUGUUGAUCAUGAUGUUUUUUUUUUUUUUUUUUUUUACAA